GGAAGAUUAUCAGCGCCUUUUUCCUGACAGUAAGUCACCUUGGCUGGAUCAAAAACAACGACCCCGACUCGUUCUAGUUUGUUGACUACCGACUAGUCAGUUGGAAUACAGCGAACUAUCAGAGUUUAUUGCUAUUAUGCUUUUGUCCGCUGGGCUCGUUGGCGGGUGCGAGCUACAAAUCUUUCGCAAUCAUUAUUGCUGAGUUGGGCACAAGCAGAACUUCCGGGGACUGGUGAAUCAGACAGCUCCCAGCCCAGCCCGGUCGAUGGGUAAAUGCCUGGCUCUGGUGCCACCAGUCUGGGAAUUGCAGAGGGCUACUGGAGACUCUCCGCCUGGGCCAACUCUAAAUUGCACCAGGCGGUGGCAGCUGAGGAGCGCCGGGGCCGCUGACCAUGCGAAAAUCCCAGCGAUCGUGUUGCUGGCUCGACUGUGGGCUUCGGUGGGAACAGUCAUUCGCUACAUGUUACUCAUGGCGCGCGGUUCUCAGGGGGAGCACAUAACAUCCGAACAAUACGCAAACAAACAAACUAUGUUUCGGGACUGUUUAGAAACUCAAGAACGAAGGGGGAAGGUAAAAACAUUAACGACCAAGAAGACCGAGCCCUACGAAGUCUGAAAUACGGCAACCUUCCAGCCCGUUUCUCCAGAAGAACGACAACUAUGCAGUUGCUCGGCGUCAUCAAUUGGAUGCCAUGCAUAUCCCGACCCAUGCAAACCCCGCCGACAACUCCCAAGAUGCCUAACUAGCUCAGUUAAAACCAAGCGACCAGGGUGCCCAGAUCACAGAUGUGAUACAUUCAACUCCUUCCCCGCUACAAGAACCCAGUGAGAAGGCGAGCAAAUGGGAAAAGCGACUCGGCGCGUUCGGCUGUACCCUUCCCACGGGAAGACCGCUCUCCCAACCAUUCUGCAAGCCAGCUACGUAUCGUCGGGUGGCCCUCUUCCUUGGAGUCCUCACGGGUUUCCAGCAAUGCCGCUAAAGGCCUAAGCGGGAUGUCUUCUGCGCCUCUGGUGCCAACGGAUCAUUGGGCGUUUGGGCCGUUUCUCUGCAUGUUGGCAGGACAGGGUUCUAAACGAUGGUCGCACAUCCCCCCUCUUCGAAGGAUUGCGCAAUGAUUGCAGUCCCAGACGGCUGGAUCUGACCUUGUCCCAGCGAGGAGUUGGAAGUCAGCGUAACCUUGAAGCUUAGGAUAGUCAGACCCGACAAAGAGAGGUUGUUGCAACCAACCCCGCCCCCUUAAAAAAAGAAAAACGGGCUAGGUUAGAAUAUUAUCGAUUUUAAGGGUCCUCUACGCAUAGUACAAUCAUUAUUUUUGAUUUGCUGGGAAUCAACAACCUCUAGUUGUGGUUCGCGGGAUUUACGCACUAGCUGGCUACUGACGGCACUUGUGUGGUAGUGGACGAUGAGACGACCAGCGACAUUGUAAAAUUUACACUCCUCUUAUGUUGUCAGCAGGCGGCGAAGUUUAAAUCCGGCUUUUGAUUAUUUGGGUUGCUGCUGAGAGCUUUUGGAGGAGGCUCGUACAAUCUAAUUUGUUGUUGAUCGAGGCGGCAGAUUGAACUAGGAACCUGGCUAGGGGAUAGAUGCACCGUUUAGCUCAGCUGGUCGGGGGAAUAGGUAUAUUUUCAAGUAACGAUAGCGGCAUGCUGGAAACAAACAGAACGUACAUGUACAUCCGGAUGUACAGUGCAGACCGUUUUGAUAUCAUUAUCAGUAAAUUAAAUUAAUCAAUCAAAUCAAUCAAUGAAUCAAUCAACCAAUCGGGAGAAAAGUCUUCAA